AUGCGGGAUAGCUAUUCGGCGAACUCGUUGAAUCGUGUGCGAAAUAUCUUUGCGCUGCUGUUCUAUCAGGCCAAGGUAGUCAACUUCCUGCUAGAGCUACACGAGAAUCCUAAGAUUCACCGCAACGGUACUCUUAUCCUAAAGCCUGCGGAGGACCUUCGCCUCGUGUCAUUUUGGGUUCUCUGCGAUAUCCUAUACGGAGCUAUAAGUCCGGAGAUAGAAGCUCAGUUGCUCGAAAUUGUUGAAAUCCGGGAGAAGGCUGGUUUCAAUCGUCAGGCCGCCGACCGAGCUCGUAGCUUGUUCGACGGGCUCCUACCAAUCUGCGACUUCUUCUCAGCCGUAGACUCUGGCAAGCUCUCUAAGCAUAAGAUACUGGAUACUAUAGAUGAGAUACUCUUCGCAAACCUUGACGUCACUAUCGGCAGUCUGUCGUGGGUGCUCGUUUUUUUAGCUACUUACACUAACGUGCAAACGGAUUUGCGACGAGAAAUUGUGGAGAAUAAGUCUCGAGCUUCUCCGGCUGGCACAAAGUCCCCCGUCGGACUGUCAGGUGGACUAUUUAAUCCACGACGUUUUUUACAAGCAAAGAAUCCGUCCGAGUUCCGUUAUCGACUUUGGCGCUUUGGAUUUGGCCCCCGGCAAUGUCUAGGGAAAUAUCUCGCCGACCUGUUUCUGAAAACCUUGCUUUCGUAUAUCCUUGAGAAUUACUCGAUUCAGAUGAAGGACUCGUCCUAG